UGAACAUAGGCCAAGUUUACAUGCAUAGAUGCCCCAAUCCCUUCACUACUUUUAAAACUCCUUGGUCCUUAUCUUUGUCGAAUCCAAUGGGUGGCAUCAAUACAUUCUUCCUUUUCAUCUUCCUCACUCUUUUCCUUGUCGGAAAUGGGGAGCAAGAUGCCCAAAUUAAAGCACUCCAAACAACCGUCGGUAGUAGUCUUGCUACUGCAGAUGGUUUCCAAAGCGUACUAAUAAGACGAGCCUACAAAACAAUUCAAGCCUUCAAAAAGAAAAUUACAUACGAUCCCAAAAAUAUUACAAAAACAUGGAGGGGCAAAAACAUUUGCCGCGAUUACAAAGGGUUCUUGUGCGAUGUCCGCCCCGAUGUCAAUCAAACCGCAAUCGCGGGUGUCAAGUUUAACAACUAUAACUUUAACGGCCCAAAUUUAACCCUCACCGAACUCAUCACCGGCUUGCCGGACAUCGUUUUCUUCCAUGCAAACUCCAACAACUUCACCGGCUCCAUACCCACCAAUCUCAACAAACUAAAAUACUUCUUCGAGCUCGAUCUCAGUAACAACAAUUUCUCGGGUAGAUUCCCCACUGAAGUCCUCCGAGCCAACAAGUUACUCUUCCUCGACCUCAGGUUCAACACGUUCGUCGGCACAGUUCCUUCACAAGUCUUCGGUCUCAAGGUCGAUUUGCUCUUCAUCAACAAUAAUAACUUUAUCCAAAGACUUCCUGCAAACCUUGGCAAUACGACCGCUCUUUACUUAACCCUAGCUAAUAACAAGUUUAUUGGUGGAAUUCCUCCGAGCAUUGGUCAAGCUUCCAAUACUCUACUCGAGGUUCUUUUCUUAAACAACAGGUUAAAUGGUUGUUUGCCGUACGAGAUCGGGUUUUUGAAGAAGGCCACUGUGUUCGACGUAGGAUUCAAUAGGUUGCAUGGCCCAAUCCCACGUUCGUUUCAGUGUUUAAGGAAAAUGGAGCUUCUAAACUUGGCCCACAAUAGGUUCUCCGGUGUGGUGCCUGAGGCGGUGUGCAGCCUCCCGAAUCUGUCGAAUUUCACGCUUUCGUAUAAUUUUUUCACUCAGGUUGGUCCACAGUGUCGGAAGCUGAUCAAGAAGGGGAUUCUAAACGUGGACAGGAACUGCAUUUCGGGUCUUCCGUACCAAAGAAGGCGGGCCGUGUGUUCGAGGUUCUUCGCGACAAGUCAGUCUUGUCCUAAUGCAAGAUCUCUCACUUUGGUACCAUGCAGACAAGGGCUUUCUGAUGGUGAGUUAGCUUCCUCGGAUAUUGAAUCUACUGCACCAUCGCCGGCGCCGGCUCAGGCUCCACGAAGGGGAAGUUACGGAGCUCUUUCGCCGCAUUAACUCAUCUUGUGGCGCCUGUUGUGUAACGGUCAAAGUGAAAGCAUGCAUGUUUUUUCUUUGAUUUCUUUGUUUGCUUGUGUUUAUGUUUGUUUAUGUUUAUGUUUCAUGUGUUUGUCUUUUGUAACAAGUACGUGCAAAUAAUUGUCCUCGUUCAUGUAGUUUGGGAGUUAUGGACUUGUGUUUCGUUUGAUUUAAAAAUGCUAAUUUGUCGUUGUGUA